CGUCCUUGCACCGGCCGCUCCCGCAGCGAGGCUCCCGGCCCCGCGCAUGGAGGGGGAGCUGUUCCUGGACGGGCACCCCCCCGACUUCUCCCUCCUGCAGCAGCUGCUCUUCCCGCCCUGCCUGGAGCCAGAGCCCGGCAGCCCGGCCCGGGGCUCAGCCAGCCCGGGGGGGGGAGCCAGGCCCGCGGGGCGCCCCCGCCCGGAGCCCCUGCCCAGCACGGCCUGUUGCCUGCAGGUCCCCGACAGCAGCGCCCUGAGCUUCCUGCAGGAGUCCGCCCAGCGGCUGCCCCAGGCGCCGGGGGGCCAGGAGGAGCCGAGCCGUGCGCCCAGGGCGCAGCAGCAGCAGCCGCCGGGGCCAGCCGUGCGCCCAGGGCGCAGCGCCCCGCAGCCCCAGGGCGGCGCCAGCCCCCUCGCUUCCCUGGGCACCUGCAGCCCCAUGGACACCCUGAGUCUCAUCAGCCUGCAUUGUUCUCAUCUGGUGUCCGGCGCGGCGGCUGCCGCCAGCCGCCCCGAGACUAGGGCAGGGCCCCAAACCAUGUCCCCCUGCCUCCUCCCCAUAGACUGCAAUGACAACCCCUCCAGAGAGGCCGGGGCAGCCGGGCAGGAGGGGCGGAGCUGGGAGCCAGGGGUCGGCAGCCCCAGCCAGCCUGAGCCGGGCUGCAGGAGGAGAAAUCCCCGCAAGCAGCCCGCACCCAGCCGGAGCGCUGAGGCCCGAGACCCCUCUUUCCAGGGGGUGACCCUCUGCAUGCGUCUGUGUCUUUGCCAAGGCAGCUCCGAUGAGUACCAGCUCCUCAUCCGCCCACGAUACAGCAGCGCAAUGUGUGGGAAAAGAAGCCGUAACCCAAAUCCAAGGCAAAUCUCUUUAACAAGAGAAUUCUGCAGAGCCAGCAGUUCUGAGGAGGAUCAAGGCUCCCUCUCUGUCCAGAGUAGUAAGUGUUGCGCUUCCUGCCAGACGAGGAAAACUCCCCUGUGGAGGAUUGCUGAGGACGGCACCCCACUCUGCAAUGCUUGUGGCAUCAGGUACAAAAAGUACAGGAUACGAUGUUUCCGCUGCUGGAAUAUCCCGAAGAAAAGUGGAAAACCUUACUCCCGUUGCUCUAACUGUGGAGACAGACUGCGCGUGGCCGUGGCCCAGCAGAGAACUGUGAAAAGAAAAUGUGACGACUUCCUUAAAUCUCAAGCAAGGACUCUUUGCUAUUAGCCGGACAGCGGGCUGCGUCGCAGAGGGCGCUGGUAUCUGCUGGAGUGAGCAGGAGGCCAACGCUGCCCUGCAGUCUGAGCAGAGGGAUGCAAGAAGUGUUGGCUCAGUCCAGUUGCCUUUAAGACCAGUUGUUGCUUUUUUCCCUUCCUUUCAUGCUGUUGUGUUCUGUAAAAGGAAUGUUCGAUCCUGCCUUUGGUUUGCGCGAGCAACUCGGGAAGUAGACGAGAAAAUGAACCCACGUUUUUGCACAGGUGAAAUUGUUACAGAGAUUGAAUGAGGGGUGGGAAAAUAAGAGUUUGAAUCUUAAGCUUGCUCCUGGCUAGCCGUGUUUGUGAGUGUGGGUGGCUGCUUGUUCAGACCCCAGGUACCCUGGCCAGCAGUGAUACCCCCUGGGUCUAACCUGUCUUGACUGUAGAAUAGAUCACUGCAGCGUGGCUCUUUCUGUCAGGCCUUUUUAUGGGGCAAAUGUAGAAUCCAGAAAAAAUUGAGAUCACUCUGGAUGUUAAAGAAAAAAUAAAAGACGUUAAGGAGAAUAAAAUAUUAGCUCCAUUCAGAUAGUAACUUGCACCUGUGGCAGCAACCAUGUAGAUUCUGGUAAUGCUUAAAAAAAACCGCUCAAAAUGAAAUGAAGCAUUGUUAAGGGUUUAAGAAUGUUUUAGAUCAAUAUUCAUUCACAGACCCCAAUGAAGAGCUUUCCUGUUAAUGUGCUGAUGUCUUUCCAAGGAGAGAUACUAAGACUUGUAAACUUGGUGAACUCAGGGCUCAGACCUCGAAGCUUUUAUAUUUGGUAAUUUAAAAAACUAAACAACAAGAAGUUAGUUGGGGAUAAUUAAUAUGAACCUCAUUUGUUUUGUUGCACUAAACUUAGUAAGGGUUGCACUUUUUGAAUAGAUAUUAUCUCCUUCAUUAGCUUGUUAUGUAUUUCAGAAAUUUAUGUCAAUUCUCAAUUAGUUUGUUACGUAAAAAUAGUUCCUAUGGGGCAUUCUUGUACAAAAUGAUUAUCUAGAUAUAUUUAUAUGUGUAAAUAAUAUAUUUAUUUUUGCAGUGCGGCAUCGU